UUUUUUUUUUUUUUUCAUAAAAAGUUUUAAAUCAAAAAAAUAAUAAUAAUUAUCAAACUUUUUAUUUUAUGUAAAUAAUAGCACACAAUUUAUAUAUUCCAUUCACAUGUGCCAUAAUAAUACCAAGUCUAUGUUAUUAGUUCAACCAUUAAAUAUUAAUGAUAUAAAUAUUAAAAUAUUGGAUGAUGAACAACAGCAACAACAACAACAACAACAACAACAACAACAACAUUGUCAAGGAAAAGCAGUCACACCGAUAGACGUGAUUGAUGAUAUCGAAUUAUUAGCCAUUUUAGGUUUAUCAUCACCCAAUAACAAUACCACUGAUGAUAAUACAAUCAACAAUAACAACGAUAUACCAAUUCCUCUAUUGGAUUGGGAUGAUAUACCAGAAUUAUCAGAAGGCGAAGAAGAUGAUAAUAAUACGAUUACAAGCAACUCAUCAAGUCAUAAAAGAAAAAGAGAUGAUCAUGAUGAUCUAUUUGCUCAAUUUGAUUUCGAAGAAGUCACAUUAUAUCCAUCAUCAGACACAAAGAAACAAAAGACAUUUGUUGAAGAUAACGAAAUCAUUAAUCAUCUAAAUGGCUUUUUAUUACAACAAAAAGAUGAUUCCUUGUAAAAUAUAACUCAUUCCACUCCACUUCAUUAUAUUAACUCUCUUUCUGUAUACAUUGUAAUAAAGAUUGUACAUAUGUUUUUU